CCUGGAGUAUAAUCAUGUCCUGGAGAUCCACAAACGACAUCUCUCUCCUGUGGUGACAGCGUACUUUCAGAAGCCCUUGUUGCUCCACCAAGGACACAUGGAGUGGCUAUUUGAUGUCGAGGGAAACAGAUACCUGGAUUUCUUUUCAGGGAUUGUCACUGUCAGUGUUGGUCACUGCCAUCCGAAGGUCAAUGCAGUAGCCAAAAAGCAGCUUGGCCGCCUGUGGCAUACAAGCUCCAUCUUCUUCCAUCCCCCAAUGCAUGAAUAUGCAGAGAAGCUCUCAGCACUUCUCCCUGAGCCUCUUAAGGUCAUUUUCUUGACAAACAGUGGCUCAGAAGCCAAUGACUUGGCCAUGCUGAUGGCCAGAGCACACUCAAAUAACACAGACAUCAUUUCAUUCAGAGGAGCCUACCAUGGAUGUAGUCCUUACACACUUGGCUUGACAAAUGUAGGGGUCUUCAAGAUGGAACUUCCUAGUGGAAUGGGUUGCCAAGCAACCAUGUGCCCAGAUGUUUUCCGUGGCCCUUGGGGAGGAAGCCACUGUCGAGAUUCUCCAGUGCAGACAAUUAGGAAAUGCAGCUGUGCACCAGACUGCUGCCAAGCUAAAGACCAGUAUAUUGAACAGUUCAAAGAUACACUGAACACUUCUGUGGCCAAGUCAGUUGCUGGAUUUUUCGCAGAGCCAAUUCAAGGUGUGAAUGGAGUUGUUCAGUACCCAAAGGGGUUUCUCAAGGAAGCCUUUGAGCUGGUGCGAGAGAGGGGAGGAGUAUGCAUUGCAGAUGAGGUGCAGACAGGAUUUGGAAGGUUGGGCUCUCACUUUUGGGGCUUCCAGACCCAUGAUGUCCUGCCUGACAUUGUCACGAUGGCCAAAGGGAUUGGGAAUGGCUUUCCCAUGGCAGCAGUUGUGACAACACCAGAGAUUGCCAAGUCUUUGGCUAAACGCCUGAAUCAUUUCAACACCUUUGGAGGGAACCCCUUGGCCUGUGCCAUUGGCUCAGCUGUGCUUGAGGUGAUUAAAGAAGAUAGACUACAGGAAAACAGUCAAGAAGUUGGCACCUAUAUGUUACUGAAGUUUGCUAAGCUGCGAGAUGAAUUUGAAAUUGUUGGAGAUGUCCGAGGCAAAGGCCUCCUGAUAGGAAUAGAAAUGGUGAAGGACAAGAUGAGUUGUCAUCCUCUUCCACGUGAAGAAGUAAAUCAAAUUCAUGAGGACUGCAAACACAUGGGGCUCCUAAUUGGCCGAGGCGGCAAUUUUUCUCAGAUACUCUUGCCUUGCACCUCUCAGAGAAAAUUGAAGCUGGCAAGCAAGAUCUCUCUAGAAACUUGUCUGCUCUCACCUCCACUGCCAUAA